GUACAAGUACCCAUGAGUAAUUCAAAUGUAAAUAAAUUCCAAAAGGAAGAAAACUAGUUUCAAUUGCAUUUGUCUAACAACAACAACUUUCAGAACGAAUAUUUACAUUUUACAUUCUGUUCAAUCUUAGUAAAAUGACAACCAAUUUAGAUCAAGCGUUAGAUCAGAACAUUCGUCUACUCGAAGAAAUUUUUCGAGUUACAGAAAAUUACAAAGUGGCUUUGGAGGAAAUAAAGGAAUUGAAGAAAGCACAACAAUCAGCUUUGAAUUCUUCCAGCAAUGAAAUUCUUUCUGAUAUGAAAACUGCUCUGGAUGUUAAAGAACAAGAAAUAUCAGAACUAAAGCAACUUUUUAAGACAGCUGAGACUCAAUUUCAUGUUGCUGAUCGUAUAGCCAAAGAAAGUAAUGCCAAGUUGGCAGGAAUGCAGAAGAUUUCUCAUGAAAAUGAGGAACUGAAAGAAAACUUGAAAGAGAAAACAGCUCAGCUAUCCGAAAAAACUAUGCAACUUGCCCUUGUUUCUACUGAAGCUUAUGAAACGCAUUGUCUUCUUAUCAAUGCCUUAGAAAAGAUCAAAAAGCUGACAAUUGACGAAAUGAUGAAAUCUGAAAAAAAUUCUCAAGUUUCUGACAAUAAUAAGAUAAAAGUCGACAACUCUUUGAUGACUAAAAUGAUAGAAAACAUGAAAAUGAUGGAACAAGAAGUUCAAAUGUUGAAAGCCAAGAUGAAAACAUAA